GAAAUGACCAAAUUGUCAGCGCUAUUCUCCACUUGCUCGACCGGGUGGGGAUUUUACUGGGCUGCCCAGGUAUGUUUGGAGUCAAAGAGUGCUGAGGUUGACCUUCUGAGUUACUGCAAGUGACAGAGUAGAUACAACAUGGACAGGUCCAAUCAGACCUCCCCCGUGGUGGGGUUCAUCCUCCUGGGCCUCUCUGCCCACCCAAAACUGGAGAAAACAUUCUUUGUGCUCAUCCUGCUGAUGUACCUGGUGAUCCUGCUGGGCAACGGGGUCCUCAUCCUGGUGACCAUCUCUGACUCCCACCUGCACACACCCAUGUACUUCUUCCUGGGGAACCUCUCCUUCCUGGACAUCUGCUACACCACCUCCUCAGUUCCCCUCAUUCUUGACAGCUUCCUGACCCCCAGGAAAGCCAUCCCCUUCUCAGCCUGUGCUGUGCAGAUGUUUCUCUCCUUUGCCAUGGGAGCCACAGAGUGUGUGCUGCUGGGCAUGAUGGCGUUUGAUCGCUACGUGGCCAUCUGCAGCCCCCUUAGGUACCCCGUGGUCAUGAGCAAGGCUGCCUACUUGCCCAUGGCUGCCAGCUCCUGGGCAGCUGGUAUCGCCAACUCAGUAGUUCAGACAUCCCAGGCCAUGAGGCUGCCCUUCUGUGGCGAUAACAUCAUCAACCACUUCACCUGUGAGAUCCUGGCUGUCCUGAAGUUGGCCUGUGCUGACAUCUCCAUCAAUGUGAUCAGCAUGGUUGUGGCCAAUAUGAUCUUCCUUGCAAUCCCAGUCCUGUUCAUUUUUGUCUCCUAUGUGUUCAUCAUUGCUACCAUCCUGAGGAUCCCCUCAGCUGAGGGGAGGAGAAAGGCCUUCUCUACCUGCUCUGCCCACCUCACAGUCGUGGUCAUCUUCUAUGGGACCAUCCUCUUCAUGUAUGGGAAACCCAAAUCCAAGGACCCUGUGGGGGCAGACAAACAGGACCUUUCAGACAAGCUCAUUUCUCUCUUCUAUGGGGUGGUGACCCCCAUGCUCAACCCCAUCAUCUACAGCCUGAGGAACAAGGAUGUGAAGGCUGCUGUGAAGAACCUGGUGAGUCAGAAACACCUAACUAAGUGACUGUCACAGUUUCCCAGACUGUCAGAAUGCAAGACCUCCAAACUCCUCAUUGUACUUGUGGGGAAAUGGUAACCCAGGGAGGUCCUUGGCUAUCAGUGGAAAGAGCCUUUUCAUUUCUGGCACUACUGAUUAGUUUGUUGGCUUCAUACAAAACUACGCUGUAUCAUAUAAUAGCUAUAUUUUGCUGCCCAAAUCUUAAAUCCUCUGAUACCAGAAUCUGAUGAAUAGCUAUAAAGAGUUACAGAUGUGGUCAAAAGAAAUAAACAAAAAUAUGAGUAGUACAGGGCCUUAGAGUCUAUUGUAUUUCCCUGUGUAGAACUGCUGCUUACUCUGUUCUGCUGUGGUCUCAUUCCAAAGACCUUUGCUCUAUAUGAUACAGGGAUCAAUUAAAAAAUGUCAUCUGCCUCAAUGUAUAUUAGCGAUCAUUAGCACCAUGACAGGCAUGCCACUCAUAUAUUAGCAUGACUUAUCUUGAGCAUCUGCUUGG